AUGCCUUCUGCCGAAUUCAACACUGCUGCUGAGGAAGUCAAGAACCUCUCCAACAAGCCUUCUGAUAGCCAACUUUUGGAACUCUAUGGUCUCUUUAAGCAAGCUACUGUUGGUGAUAACAACACCUCCAAGCCUACUUUUGAUAUCAGAGGUCGCUACAAAUGGGAUGCUUGGACCAAGCUCAAGGGUACUUCUCAAGAAGAUGCUGAGAAGCAAUACAUUGCUCUCGUUGAGUCCCUCAAGGCUGCCCAAUAA